AUGGAGCUCCCGCUGGACGCUACCGCGAAGUGCGAACUUCGCGCAGUUAUUCGAUUUUUGAACGCAAAAGGCGUUCAACCGAUCGAAAUCCAUCGCCAGUUGGUGGAAGUGUAUGGAGGCUCAUGCAUGGGUGUCAAAAACGUCCGCAAGUGGUGCAGAGAAUUUGCAGCCGGCCGUACUGAAAUUCACGACGAACAGAGGAGCGGCAGACCGUCAAUUUCCGACGAGACAGUCACGAAGGUUGAGCAAGCCAUGCGUGAAGAUCGGCGUGUCAGUCUGGAUGAUCUCAACAUUUUGGUUCCUGAGGUUUCCCGAAGCACCAUCCACAGGGUUCUAACAAAAAAAUUGCAAUAUCGGAAGGUGUGCGCAAGAUGGGUGCCACGGAUGCUGACGGAAGACCACAAACGGCAGCGAGUUGAUUCUUCCCGCGAAUUUCUUCGCACCUAUGCAGAAGAAAAGGACAACCUCCUGGACUCGAUUGUCACGGGAGACGAAACCUGGGCGUUUCACUUCACACCUGAAACCAAACAACAAUCACGCGAGUCGCGGCACCCCUAUUCGCCCAAGCCGCGGAAAUUCAAACAAUCACAAUCCGCUGGUAAAGUGAUGGCAACUGUGUUUUGGGACCGGAAGGGGGUAUUGCUGGUCGACUUUAUACCUGCAGGGACCACAGUAAACGCUGACAGGUACUGUGAGACACUGAAGAAGCUCAGACGGGCAAUUCAGAACAGGAGAAGAGGGAUGUUGAGCAAGGGCGUAAGCAUUCUCCACGACAACGCUCGCCCACACGUCGCCCGUCAAACCGUCGCUCUCCUGCAAGACUUCGGUUGGAAAAUCAUCACUCACCCACCAUAUAGUCCGGACUUGGCACCAAGCGACUACUACCUCUUCCCUAAGUUGAAAGAACAUUUGGCAGGAAGGCGAUUCAGCAACGACGAAGACGUGAAAGAUGAGGUUCAACGCUUCCUCAAGGACAAGGCGGCGAGCUGGUACGACAUGGGCAUCCAAAAACUACCACAGCGUCUUCAGAAAUGCAUCGACCGAAACGGCGAUUAUGUAGAAAAAUAG